AUGGCAGCUCAAGUAGACUUGCUCCGGGCCAAAGUGAAAGGAGAACAGGUGAGGGGCAGUCUUGAUAGAUUCAUUAGAGAGAGGAAAAAGAAGAAGAAACGGGACCUGUCGCCAUUAACUGACAAACGGGAGAAGUCUGCGAACGAAGAGAAGAAAGUGAAGCUCCAUCACCACCAUCACAACCUCCAGCACGGCGAGCACCGGACCUACCAGCCGCACCAGCUGCAGCAAAAUCCGAAACCCCACAAGUUCAGCGCAGAUAAGCAUGUCCCGCACAGCCACCACCCCCCCUACCACCACCGCGGUUUUACCAAUGGUACAACACACCUGCAGCCGUGUGUGCCGCCUCCUCAGCUGCGGAAGGUACCUGAGCAGCUGCAGAGGAAGCCAGCGGUGCUCCCCGAGCCACCUGCGCUCUUCACUCUCACAUCUCUCCGAGUGGUCAAGGCCAAGCCCCAGGAUUUCAAAGACAAACAUAGGGAUAAAGAUCUGAAACUGAAGCUCAAGAAGGAAAAUACCGAGGCAAAUGUGAAACACGUGGAACUCAAGAAAAAGAAGGAGCCAAGGCCCCACAACGAGAAUGCCAAGUCUCUCACACUGGAGGAAUAUCUCCUGAAGAAGAGAAAAAAGAAAAAGAAGCACCGCGAGGAUGAGCACGGCACCAAAAAGGUCCGAUACAUGCACAACAAAGCGGUCCAGACUGUGUGUGCAGGGCUUCGGGCAGAUCUCACUCUGCCCGUUCGUGCUGGCAGAGACCCGGUGGACAACCAGCAACCCUACCUACAUGCUCUCAAGCCUGGACUAGUUCCCUUCCUCUCCCACCAAGACCACUACAUCCGCAGCUCCUGCCUGCAGACGGGCACCUGGUGCGGACGCUUCAUGCAUGAGGAAAGGCAAGCCAAUGGCGGGGGAUCGGUUCUACACGUGUAUGCUGAUGAGAUCGCUUGUCUCAGCCCGGCUGAGAUGGAGUGCUUCUCACAGGAGUUUCUGCAGUUGGCCUUUGCUGAGAGGCACAGAGGUGCCGCCUCGUAUGCCUUGGCGGUGGUGCACAGUGCCGCUGCCUUCCUACCUGACUUCCUGGACUACUUUGCCUUCAACUUCCCCAACACACCAGUCAAAAUGGAGAUAAUGGGCAAGAAAGACAUUGAGACCACCACUAUUGCCAACUUUCACACUCAGGUGAACCGGACUUACUGUUCAGGAACAUACCGGUCUGGACCCAUGAGGCAGAUCAGCUUGGUGGGAGCUGUAGAUGAGGAAGUUGGAAACUAUUUCCCAGAGUUCCUGGACAUGCUGGAGGAGUCGCCCUUUCUCAAGAUGACCCUACCGUGGGGAAGCCUCUCCAGUCUGAAGCUGGACUGUCGCUCUCAAAGUGACGAUGGGCCCAUCAUGUGGGUGCGACCAGGAGAACAAAUGGUACCCACUGCUGACAUGCCCAAGUCUCCAUUCAAGAGACGCAGGUCUAUGAAUGAGAUCAAAAAUCUACACUACCUGCCGAGGGCCAGUGAACCCAGAGAGGUUUUGUUUGAGGACCGAACGAAGGCGCAUGCUGACCAUGUGGGCCAGAGCUUCGACUGGCAGAGCACUGCUGCUGUGGGGGUUCUGAAGGCGGUGCACUUUGGAGAAUGGAAUAACUAACCUCGAAUAACCAAAGACGUUGUGUGCUUCAAUGCUGGGGACUUCAAUGAAGUAGUCCACAGGCUGCAGCUGGAUCUGUACGAGCCCCCAGUGUCUCAGUGUGUCCAGUGGGUCGACGAUGCCAAGCUCAACCAGCUGCGGAGGGAGGGCAUCCACUACGUCCGUGUCCAGCUCUGUGACGACGACAUUUACUUCAUCCCACGGAAUGUCAUCCACCAGUUUAAGACCGUGACUGCAGUCUGCAGCCUGGCCUGGCACAUCCGCCUAAAACAGUACCAUCCAGAUGGCAAGGAGGAGGAGGAGGAGGUGGUGGUGAGGGGGCCCGAUGAUCUCAGCUCCAUCUUCGGGCGAUUCUCUUCUUCCUCUCUUGCCAGGCCUGACGGCACCGUCACCGCCUGUGCCCGACCACAGGCAGGCGACAUUCAAGGCGGCGUGGCCAAGACUAAUGCACAAGAGUUCCAGAUGCCAGCAACAGCUCCCCAGGAGCCUCAGCCGGCCCCUCCACAGCCCUCCACAUCUGCUCACGUGGCCCCAACGUACCAGGUUACACACCUUCAAAGAAAAGCCAUCCUUUCAAAAGCUCUCGGCCACACGGCAGAAUUCUCGAAAUGA